GACCCAAGCCCUGGCCCCUCAUGGGGGCUCAGACGGCAGGCAGCGGUUACAGACGGGCAGGAGUUGCUAAAAGGAGAAGACAAGGAAGGGGAAGGAGCGCUCCAGCCUGGCUGCCCGGCGCACUGCAGCCUCGAACCCGCGGCCCCCGGGGCGGCAAUGGCGGCUGCGGCUGCCGCCUCCUGCGGCGCUGACGUCAGUCGGGAAGAUGGCGGCCGGCGCUUUGCUCUGCCUGGCGACAGCGCUGGGACCCGUUUGGGCCGUGCAACGGUACCGCCCCGACUGGGCCAGUCUGGACUCCAGACCCCUGCCCGCCUGGUUCGAUCAGGCCAAGGUGGGCGUGUUCGUGCACUGGGGGGUCUUCUCCGUCCCGGCCUGGGGCUCUGAGUGGUUCUGGUGGCACUGGCAGGGCGAGCGCCGCGCUGAUUACCAGAGCUUUGUGCGGAACCGGUACCCGCCCGGCACCACCUACGCGGACUUUGCGCCCCACUUCACCGCCCACGACUUCCAGCCCCGCCAGUGGGCACAGCUCUUCCAGCGGGCUGGUGCUAGGUACGUGGUGCUGACCACGAAGCAUCAUGAAGGCUUCACCAACUGGGGGUCACCCGUGUCCUGGAACUGGAAUUCUGUGGAUACAGGGCCCCACCGGGAUCUUGUAGGAGAGCUGGGAGAAGCCCUCAGGGAGAGGAACUUACACUAUGGGCUGUAUCACUCCCUGAUGGAGUGGUUCAAUCCACUCUAUCUCGCUGACAAGGAGAGUGGCUUCAAGACCCAGAACUUUGUUUUAAAGAAGACCAUGCCAGAACUUUACGAUCUUGUCUUAAAGUAUAAACCAGACUUGAUCUGGUCGGAUGGAGACUGGGAAGCUCCGGAAUCGUACUGGAAUUCCACCUCCUUCCUUGCCUGGCUUUAUAACGAAAGCCCCGUCAAGGACACUGUGGUUGUUAAUGAUCGUUGGUGCAAUAACUGCUCCUGCCAUCAUGGAGGUUUCUACAACUGUGCUGACAAGUACAAACCAGCAACCCUGAUGGCCCACAAGUGGGAGAUGUGCUCCUCCAUUGACAAACUUUCUUGGGGCUACCGAAGCAACAUGAACCUCACUGAGAUAAUGAAUGAAGCAAUUAUCAUUAAGGAGCUAGUGCAGACUGUGAGUUUUGGAGGCAACUACCUUCUCAAUGUGGGACCUACAAAAGAAGGGGUGAUUGUUCCCAUCUUCCAAGAGAGACUCCUGGCCCUUGGGAGGUGGCUGGACACCAAUGGGGAGGCCAUUUAUGGAUCCAAGCCAUGGAGAGUGCAGAUGGAGAGCAGCACAGACACGGUUUGGUACACUUCUAAGGGCCCAGCUGUCUAUGCCAUCUUUCUGAUCUGGCCUCGGGACAACAUUUUGGAGCUGCCCUCACCUGUUCCAUCCCCAGACACACAAGUGACAAUGUUGGGUUUUGGUGGGACUCUGGAGUGGCAGAUGUCCCCAGGGAAAGGACUGCUGAUAACUCUGCCCUACAUGCUCCCAUCUCCUCAGCCUCCCCAGCCUGGAUGGACUCUCAAACUUGAGGGUGUGAAGUGAUGGCUGCAGGGUGAAAGCAGCAAACCCCCCCUCUGCCUUUCUUUUGGAUUGGGUCUAAAAUGAUUUUUCAUUUAUUGUUGAAUAAAUUGUUUUUCUCUGAAGAGAAUCU